AUGGAACAAAAAUCAUACUCCAUCGUAUUCAUUAAAUUUUCUGCAUUUAUUUUUUUAACUUGGAUAUGUUAUAUUAGUUGUGAAGUGAACAAGUUUACAGAAUCAUUCAGUGUUAACAGUAAAAUUAGAAUAAAAUUAGAUGCAAGAAUACAUCGAUUACUGGCAAAGUAUAAGCAGAAUAGGGAUUCAUAUAUUGUAGAGCUAAAUGAUGUUAUGCCAAAUAGAGCUGAAUACGAAAAAAAAAAUAUAUCUAAUAAUAAAGAAGGAACCAAAGGAAAAAACAAAGAAUACUAUAAAAGCUCAUUAAAUAAGGCACAAUUCUACACAGAAGUUAUGGAUUAUAAUAAUGUAAUGUUUGAUGGAAAGCAUUUUCAUUUUGAAAAAAAAUUUAUCAGAAAAAAAGAUUAUGAUGAUUUUCUUCAAAAUAGCAGAAGAAUCCAUGACAUAGAUUUAAAAAAAAUAAAAUUUAGAAGUUAUAGUUUUGGAGUUAUUAUAUUUAUACUUUUUUGCUUGUUGGGAAAGGGUUGCCUAUAUUACGUGCAUUAG